UAAAAUUUCCCUUUUUGUUUCUUUUAUAAUUAAACAAAUUAAACUACACAUGAAAUCCCAUCAUGCCAACUUCGUCGCAGGAUUUACCGGAGGAGAUGCUGGUUCAUAUCUUUUCCUAUCUGGAGCUCGAUGACCGGAAAACGGUAGCUACGGUUUGCCGACGCUGGUCUGAGUUGGCAUUCCGGUGGAAUGAGGUUCAGUUAGAAAUAGACUUACGCCAAUCCGGUGUCGAAGCCACAUAUCAUCGUGUUCUCAAAGCAAGCGAGCGACCAUAUCGGCACCUAAUGAUCAUUUUCGGAUACGAUCAGGCCAAAUGCGUGUUACUAUUACACAUUUUAGCUCGAUUUUACGAUAGUCUGGAAUCGCUGACAAUAUUACCAGACAAUUUUGUGCCGGUUGAGUUGCAUUUAUUAGCACAAGUUUUUGCUCUUUGUCCCAAUCUGAAGCGGCUGCACGUAGAGUACUGCACGUUCCAGCAUCGGCGAGGUGCUGAAAUAUAUUUCACUCCACUGACAAAUUUGUUCGAUUUAUAUGUGGAUAAUAAUUUGCUGGACAUGCGAGAGAUUGACAUUCGGGAAGCGAUGCCUAACAUCACAGGACUAAAUUUACAAAUUAGCUAUUACUCGAAACGACCGCAGGUUGUUUUGCAGCAUUUUAGCCCACGUCUGAUAAAGCUUGGGGUUUGCUUUCUCACCGAAGAUCAUUUCCCUAGAAUAUGUGAGAUCAGUUUUCCGCUGUUAAAAAAGUUGAAUUUCUAUUGUGUCGACUGCAAUUUUGAUGAUUUCCGCCUGAUAGAGCGAUUCGCACAUUUUAUCCAACGUUGUCCUGACCUGACGGAAGUCAUUCUGCGAUGUAAUAUCAACGCUUUAGUAAUGAAAAAUAUCGCUCAAAUUUGCACAAACCUCCAAUACUUGUGCCUUAGUACCAAAGAGCAUACCACGGAAUGCUUUCACUAUCUAAGUGAAUUGCAUAAUUUAAAGCUAUUGCGUAUUGAGGAUGCUAUUAUUAGCGUGCCUGAAGUGGAACAAUUCGUAGUGUUCAAAACGUUGCAUACACUAACGCUAUACUCGGUGCAGAUCACGCAUGUGAACAAAUUCAACAGUUUUGUGCGCAAUUGUUUUCCCAAAUUAGCUACAUUGGAGCUGCUUAAUGUUUGCAGAAGAAUGAAUCAGGCAGAUAUGUUCAAGUUGUACAGUACUGUGUGCCAUGAUUUUGUGACCCUGGAGUGCCUAGUUCUAAGUGAAUCUGGAAAGCUGCUGGAUUUGGAUUUAUUCUUCUAUUUCGCGUCUCUACCGCGGCUGCGGGAGCUGCGGCUUAGAUUUCGUAAUUUGACCGAUUGCAUUUGCCCGUAUGCUACCAACAUAAUGUACAUCGAAACGUUGACUCUCGACGUGCCACAAAUACACGACGAGUGUCUGCACAAAUUAACGGAACUGUUGCCAAGGGUUCGACUGAUAGUGCUGUCCGAAAAUAAUGGCUGCUCGGUGGAAGGCAUCCGGACCGCCAGGGACAGACUGACGCAGUGUGAUAUUAGAGUUAAGCGCAAGGUGCACAUCGAAGUACAGUGGUCUUGAAAAUGGGCUCCUUGUUUUAGCUUAGGUCACUAUUGUUUUGUAUUA